AUGAGAGCCACGGAGAAGAAAUCAGUGAUAAUGGGAGGGGGUUCCGAGGGAAACGCCGACGUUUUAGCGUGGCUCAAAUCGAUGCCGGUGGCGCCGGAGUACCGCCCGAGCGCGGCAGAGUUUCAAGAUCCAAUCGGCUACAUAUUCAAGAUCGAGAAGGAAGCGUCCAAGUACGGCAUCUGCAAAAUCAUCCCUCCCUUCCCUCCUCCCCCAAAGAAAACCGCCAUCGCCAACCUCAACCGCUCACUCGCCGUUUCCGGUUCCACAUUCACCACGCGCCAGCAGCAGAUCGGCUUCUGCCCCCGCCGCCCCCGCCCCGUGCAGCGUCCUGUCUGGCAGAGCGGCGACCACUACACCUUCACCGAGUUCGAGUCCAAAGCCAAGUCUUUCGAGAAAGCGUACCUCAAACGCCACACUAGAAAGGGUUCGGGCCUAGGCCCGAGCCCGCUUGAGACCGAAACUCUCUUCUGGAAGGCCACGCUGGAUAAACCCUUUUCCGUGGAAUAUGCUAACGACAUGCCGGGUUCUGCGUUCUCCCCUAAAUGCCGCCACGCAGGGGAUCCCACUUCCCUUGCGGACACUCCGUGGAACAUGCGUGCUGUUUCUCGGGCUAACGGUUCGCUCUUGCGCUUCAUGAAGGAGGAGAUUCCGGGUGUUACUUCUCCCAUGGUCUACGUCGCCAUGCUCUUCAGCUGGUUCGCAUGGCAUGUCGAGGACCACGACUUGCACAGUUUGAACUACCUCCACAUGGGUGCCAGCAAGACCUGGUAUGGUGUCCCCCGCGACGCCGCAGUUGCUUUUGAGGAGGUGGUUAGGGUUCACGGCUACGGUGGAGAGAUUAAUCCGCUGGUGCCUCAGUUCACGCGAUUGCUUGAAGGGUGUGGUUGUAUUGUGUUCUGCUCUCACAAUCAUGAACUUAGUUCAAGCAUUAUUGUUGAAAACAAGGUGUUCCAUGCUGCAGUUUUGCUGUGCCCUGGGAGUCCCCGUUAUGCAGAGACAGGAAAGUUAGUACAAAAUGCUGGGGAAUUUGUUGUGACGUUUCCAAGAGCCUAUCACACAGGGUUUAGUCAUGGGUUUAAUUGUGGAGAGGCAGCAAACAUUGCAACACCUGAGUGGUUGAGGGUUGCGAAAGAUGCUGCCAUUCGAAGGGCUUCACUAAAUUAUCCUCCCAUGGUUUCACAUUUCCAGUUACUUUAUGACCUUGCCUUAGCUUUGUGUUCUAGAAUUCCUGCGAGCAUCAAUGCUGAACCUCGCAGUUCUCGUCUUAAAGAUAAGAAGAAGGGUGAAGGAGACACUGUAAUCAAGGAACUAUUUGUCCAAGACGUGUUACAGAACAAUGAUCUGCUUCAUAUACUGGGAAAAGGAUCUGCUGUAGUACUUCUUCCUCGUAGCUCAGUUGACAUUUCUGUUUGCUCUAAACUACGUGUUGGAUUCCAGCAAUCCAUCAAUGUAAGCAAUUCUGAGGGAAUGCAUUCCUCAAAAGGUUUUGUUUCUGAUGAUCUGGUAUUCAACAGGAGUCAUGGAAUCAAGCAAGAAAAAAGUUUCUAUUCUGUGAAAGACAAGUUUAGUACGAUGUAUGAAAGGAACAGGAUUUCCUCUUUUGAUGUUAAUGGUAACAUAAACACUUCAAGUUCUAAGCCACUUCAGAGGGACACGGAAGGAGAAACUAGUGAAGAUGGAUUGUCAGAUCAGAGACUGUUUUCAUGUGUCACGUGUGGAAUAUUAAGCUUUUCCUGUGUUGCUAUUGUACAGCCUAAAGAUCCAGCAGCUAGAUAUCUCAUGUCAGCUGAUUGCAGCUUCUUUAAUGAUUGCGUUGUUGGUUCUGGAGUAUCUAACAGUAAAUUUACUAGUGCCCCUGAAGAAGCAACUAUUCCUGAGCCAAAUUUGUAUACAGGCAAGUUUAUAAGAUGGAUGAAAAAAGAGGUCCAAGAUGGUAUACCAGAUGUUUCUGUUCAAUCUUAUCGGGAUGGUUUGAAUACUGAAAGUAAAAAUGGAAAUACAGCUCUUGCACUAUUGGCUUCAGCAUAUGGAAAUUCUUCUGACUCUGAGGAAGACCAGAUUUCGGUUGAUGGUCAUGAAACAAAUGUGGUAAACUCUGCUUCAGAAAGUUUACUUUCUCAUACUCAAGAUUCCUAUGCUACUCCCAGGUCUCCACUUGAUAGGGGAGAUAACAUUCCUUCAAAGAGUGCCAGUUGUGAGGAUUUUAUGCAUCGUAGAUUUGAGUGCAAUUUAAGUCAUCAAUCUUUAGACCACUCUUCAAAGAAACAGGAUUAUAACAUCACAUCAGGGCUCACAUUUGAAAAUAUGAGGACGAUGCCUAAUUCCACCUCCAUUUGCUCCCAGGAAGCCCAUGAUGCUGAAAGGUCAUUGCCUAACAAGUCUGUGGUUCCCUUUGAUAAUAAAAAUGCUUCAAUGGUGCUACAAUCUGAUGAAGAUUCAUCCAGAAUGCAUGUGUUUUGUCUAGAGCAUGCUGCAGAAGCAGAGAAGCAACUUUGCCCAAUAGGUGGAGCCCAGAUAUUUCUCCUAUGUCAUCCAGGUAGACAGAUUAAACUGGUUAAGAAACAAGGGAACUGUGGUUAUGAAGAACGAGAGUCUAGUGAUGGAAGUUAUGUCAGUGGCACCACAUCUUACAAAGUGGUUUAG